UAUCUGUCUCGGUGACGUUUUCUGCGACGUUGAUAAGAAAUGAAAUGAGCAGUGAUUUGCGUAGUGUUCGCGAAUCGUCGUGGUUUUUAAAUUUGAAAUUGUAAACGUCUUAAUUCGUGUUUAAGCUGUUCUCGACGUUUGUCGUAUGACGAAUUUAACUCGCGAUUCCAAUUAUCACUCUCAUCACGUUCUUUGGUUGAUGUUGUUCACGAACGCUGUAUAGUUUUCGAAUUAUAUUUGAUUUUCAACUGUUAUAAUGAACAUUUCAUCGUUUUCGGAGAAAGAUUUCAAUGUUGUGGAUUGGAUCAAUAAUACGUUAAAGGAUAAACCACCAGAUCAAUGCCGUGAGGCUAUUCCAACAAUGUUGAAAAAGUUACAACUGUGCGUAGAGCAAGUACAUGAAGUACUAGAUGAAACAACUGAACAAGUCCUUUCUUCACUUCCAAAAGUUGUCAAUGAUAUUGAACAAUUUGAAAACCAAGCAACCGGUAUCCAACAAAAAAUUAUGGAUUUGAAGCAAGAAAUAAAUACAGUAAAAAGUAAUACAGAUGAAUCAUUGUUGAAACUUCAAUUGUAUGAUGAAAUAAAAUGUAACAUGGAAAUAACGAAAAAUGCUUUGGAAGAGGCGGACAAUUGGACAAAACUUAUUACUGAUAUUGAAAUGUUAAUUGAUAAUGGAGAGAUAGACCAAGUAACUAAUAGAUUAAUAAGAAUGCAGCGUUCAUUAGCUAUCUUGGAAAACAACUCAGAUUACGAAGAAAGAAAAAAUCAGUUGGAAGAGCUGAAAAGUAAACUUGAAGUCAUAUUAACUCCAAUGCUUACUGUAGCUUUUGAAAAUGAAAAAAUUGAUGAAUGUAGGCAUUAUGUGAACAUAUUUACUGAUUUAAAAAAACGUGAUCAGAUUAUUAAACACUAUAUAAAAUGUAACAAAAACAAGCUACGGAAAGAAUGGUCAUCAAAAAUUUAUGCCAAUGAAUAUUCUAAAAAUCCAUUAUUGUUUUUUGAAAGUUUUUAUGAAACUUUAUUAGAACGUAAAAAGCAACAGAUGUUAUUGUAUAAAAAAUUAUUUAAUGGUGAAGAUCAGCCAGAAAUAGAGUGUCAGUUAAUUCAAUCUUAUGGAGACUUGUUUAAUAUAUUAGAACUUCCAAUGUUUGAAUUAGUCGAUGUUUCUAUAAAAACCCACCAAGAACCUCUGAUUUUGUUGUCAGAUUUAUUUACAGCAACAGAAGUAUUUGUUAAAAAUAUCAAAAAUGAUUCUAAAAUUGAUGAUACAUUUAAUUGGGACACUAUAAUGACAAACAUUUACAGACCAUUGAUUCCACAAAUUGUGUCUUACCAAGAAUUGGAGUAUGAACACUCAAUGAAAACCACAGAUUUUACAUUAAACAAAGAUGAUCUAGUAGAUAUUGUCCAAGCAUUUGGUCAAUCUCAACUCACUGUUUUUAGAGCAUCAGAAGAAGCAAAACGUCGAAGUGCAGUGUUUAGUCAUUGUGUAUUUCCUGAAAUGAUUGCAGCCAUAAAUAGAAUAUUUGCUCAUGCUAUUGAAGGAGGAAAAGAAGUGUUAAAAAGUAUUAUGGUUAAUAUUACACCUGGAGAAGACUGGAAUUUAUUUCAAAUAUGUUUGAAAUUUUUACAGUCCUUUGGAGAGUUUUUACGAGAAUUAUAUCUCAUAGAAUCAGAAUUUAAAAGUUGUAUUUUAACAAAUGAACAACGGGCAAUAAAUGUUUCAAAAUAUCUAUUGAUUGAAGAUAAACAAAUGGAAUUAAAAAGUAUUAUUAAUUUCUUAAAGAAUGAUAAUGAAUGGAAACUUUUUAAAGAAACUAUUCAAGCUACAGAAAAACUAUGUUCACAUACAUACCAAACGUUUUAUAAAAUAUCAUUCCGACCUAUAUCUUUUUACUUAGAUCAAGUCGAAAAAGUAAAACUCAGUAAAGACACUUUUGAUGAACAUAGACUGUCACCAAGGGAAUAUAUUACUCAAAUUGGUCAGUAUUUAAUUACACUUCCUCAACAUGUCGAACCAUUUUUAGUUCGAGAUAAUGAAGCAGUCACUGUAGUUCUUAAUUUAUCUGAUAGACGUUAUACAGAUGCUACUCCUGAAGAAAGUUAUACAAAUAUUUUACUAAAGAUAUUAGCAAGCAAUACAUGUGAUGUAUAUGUAGAACAGAUACAAUCACUAAAAGACUUAAAUAAUUUAGCUGCACAGCAGUUAGCUGCUGAUAUUGAAUACUUGGGAUAUGUAUUGGAAGAACUUGGAGUAAAGCUCAAUGAAACUACAAGACAAAUUAUGAAUUUAUUAAGACUAGAAAGUGAUGAGUAUGUAAUGAAAUCAUCGUCAAUCGCUGCUUCAAAAGUAGCAGCAGUAAUUGCUAAAAUAAGAAAUAUUAAAUAAAAUACCAUGUGUAAUCAAGGCUGGGCUGAGCAACAGUAGCACUUCUGGCAAGUUCACAAUAAUUUGUCACUCUCCUUACUCAAAAAUUUGUAGCAUUCUUAGCCCAGCCUUGUGUAAAAUGUAUUGAAAAAAUAUAUGUUUAAUAAUUUAUAAUAUUUUAAUAAAUAUAAAAUUACAUCUUAA